AUGAACAUUGUAGCGGCAUUCCUGCCCACCCUGGCCGGACCCGUUGCUCGCAAACCUAAACAUGCGCGCACAGCCGCCGGAAAGAAGCAGCAGAAGCAGCAGCAGCGCGUGCACGACGCUCGGUGGUUCCCGAUCACCCCCGGGUCUCCGUCUCACCGCCCUGCGUUCCGCCAACCUCCGCGUCUCGCCGACGAGGAACUCCGCCUCCUCCUCCUCCUCCGCCGCCUCCUCCGCCGCCACCUCCGCCAGCUCCUUCUUCCCUUCCACCUCCUCUGCCACCUCCUCCGCCAGCUCCUUCUUCCCUUCCACCUCCUCCGCCGCCUCCUCCGCCAGCUCCUUCUUCCCUUCCACCUCCUCCGCCACCGCCACCGCUUGCGACAUCUCCUCGCGCCGCUCCCCGGCAGCAGGGCCGGGAGUAUCGGCGUCGUCAGCAGGCGGCGGAGAGGGCGAGGCGGAGGAAGACAGCGGAGGAGGAGGAGGAGGAGAGAAAAUUCGAUUGGAGGCAUCUCGGCCGCCGCCGCUGCUGGUGGUGGUGGUGGUGCCGCUGUUGCUGCUGCUGGUGGUGGUGGUGGUGGUGCUGCCGCCACUGCUGGAGGCUCGGGCACGGCCGUGGCGCCUCAGCAGCGCCACCGCCGGCUCCGUCGCCGGCUCCCCCGUCAGCGACCACGGCCGACCGCGGUAUCGGCGGCGGCGGGCGGCGUCGGCGGCAUCGGCGGGGGCCGCUGGUGGCUCUGCGCGUUGGCCGCGACGGCUCUGCUGGCGCCCGGCGGCGGCGGCGGCGGAGUCGGCGCCGGGGCCUCGCCGCCACCGACCUCGGCGGCGGCGGCCCGGGCCUGCCCCUCGCUCUGCACCUGCACGCAGGAGCUGAGCCGCGUCAUCUGCACGCGCAAGUCGCUGCGGGAGGCGCCGUCGGGCGUGCCCUCGGGCGCCCACUUCCUGAACCUGCAGGAGAACAGCCUGCACGUGGUGAAGGCCGACAGCUUCCGGCAGCUGCGGCAGCUGCGCGUGCUGCAGCUGAGCCGCAACUCCAUCCGCCAGGUGGAGGCGGGCGCCUUCCACGGCCUCGCGAGCCUCACCACGCUGGAGCUCUUCGACAACCGCCUCACGGCCGUGCCCAGCGCCGCGUUCGGGCCCGUCGCGGGCCUCCGGGAGCUGUGGCUGCGCAGCAACCCCAUCGAGAGCAUCCCCGCGUUCGCCUUCCGCCCACUCGAAUCGCUGCAGCGCCUCGACCUGGGCGAGCUCAAGCACCUGCAGUUCAUCUCGGAGGGCGCCUUCGAGGGCCUCGGCAACCUGCAGUACCUCAACCUGGGCAUGUGCAUGCUCCGCGAGGUGCCCAACCUGGAGCCGCUGGCCAGCCUCGAGGAGCUCGACCUGUCGGGCAACCGCGUCGAGUCGCUGCGGCCGGCCUCUUUCCGCGGCCUCGGCAGCCUCCGCAAGCUGUGGAUGAUGCACGCGGGCGUCCGCCUGGUGCAGCGCGGCUCCCUCGACGGCCUGCGUUCCCUCCAGGACCUCAACCUGGCCCACAACCGGCUGGCGUCGCUGCCCCACGAGCUGUUCGGGCCCCUCGGAGGCCUGCGGCGGGUCCACCUCCACCACAACCCGUGGGCGUGCGACUGCGACGUCGCCUGGCUCUCCCGCUGGCUCCGCGGCAACGAGCCCGGCAACGUCACGUGCUGCGCCCGAUGCUCCUCGCCGCCCGAGCUCAAGGGCCGACACGUCGGCGGCCUCGACCCGCCGGCGGCCUCGCGCUGCCCGCCGCCCGUCAUCGUCGAGGGCCCCGCCGACGUCAACGUGAGCGAGGGGGCGGCCGCCGAGAUGCGCUGCCGGGCGCCGUCGCCCACGAGCUCCGUGACGUGGCUGGGGCCGGACGGCGCGGCCGUGGCCCUGGCGCCCGAGGCGCCGGCCGCGGGGCGGGGCCGCGGCGGCCGCCCCGGCAGCGGCCCCGGCCCCGGCCUCCGCAGGCCGUCGCUCACGGCCGAGGGGUCGCUGAACUUCACGAGCGUGGCGGCGCGCGACGCCGGCGUCUACACGUGCCUGGUCGGCAACGCGGCCGGGAACGCCUCGGCCUCGGCCACCCUCGCCGUCGCCCCGGCGGCGUUCCCGCCGGCCCCGCCGGGCGCCGGCCCCAACUACACCUACUUCACCACCGUCACCGUGGAGACGUCGGAGGCCGCGGAGCCGGUGACCGGGCGGGACGAGGGGGCGGCCGCCCCGGGAGGCCCCGGCGAGCCGAGGCCCCCGCCGCUGACCCCUCCGCCGGGGUCCCAGGGCCCCCCGCCGCCCCGGCAGCAGCCGCCCGGCGGCGCGGCCGGCGCCCCGGCGGCCCCGGCGGGCCUCGACGAGGUGAUGAAGACGACGAAGAUCAUCAUCGGCUGCUUCGUGGCCAUCACGCUGAUGGCCGCCGCCAUGCUGGUGGUCUUCUACAAACUGCGGAAGCAGCACCACCGGCAGGGCCACCGCAUGAUGCAGUCGCGCGCCAUCGAGAUCAUUAGCGUGGACGAGGACGUCGCUGGGGGCGGCGCCGGCGGGCCUCUGGGCGUCGGCCCCGGCCGCCACCACCACCAGCAGCAGCAUCUCGCUCUCGGCCUGCCCUCGCCACCGAGCGGCAAGCGCCCGCACGACAGCGGAGGGCCGGGCGUGGGCCUGUGCAGCGCCAACGUGGCCCUCGCGGCCGGGAUGGCCGGAGGGCCGGGAUCGUCGCUGGCCGCGCACUACGGUUACGGAAAGACGUUGCCGCUGCCGCCGCCGCCGCCGCCGCUGCCGUACGGAUACAACCACCACCACCACCACCAGCACCAGCAGCAGCAGCAGCAGCACCACGCUGGUACGCUGGGACACCCGGCGCUCAACUCGUACCACCACACGUCGGUACACGAACCGCUGCUGCUGCGAUCGAGCUCCAAGGAGAACGUGCAGGAGACGCAGAUUUGAGCCGGACGUGGACGUUCAAUGGGGUGGUGGUGGUGGAUUUUUGUUUCUUACCGCGCGAGGAACUGGCCCCCGGCAGAUGCAGGGGUUGGGGGGUGGGGGGGGGGGGGCUUGGCUUCGCGAUCGGAUAUACAGCGGCGCAGAGAGAGAGAGAGAGAGACGGCGAGAGAGAGAGAGAGAGCGGGAGAGAGUGAUACGGGGAGAGAUGGAGAGGUCCGUCGCCAGAGAGAGACCGAGAGACACGGAGAGAAAGAUCCCUUUCUCGUCGGACGAAGCCACCGCCGGAUUUGAUACGGAUUACUCUGCCAGACUCUCCAAGGGGGGGGUCACUUCGGCCUCGUGACCAUUUUUUCCUUGUUUAAGUGGGGGGGGGGGUGGUUGUGGAAGGGGAUGGUAAUGAAACGUGGACACAAGGGGGGAAAUGUCACACCCUCACCAUAACUUAGAUGCAUCCCCCGUUUCCCUCCGCACCCGGGCCCCCUGAUCCGAACCUUACCCCGACGACCUGAUCCUGGUCCGCCCCUUACCCGGAACCCAUACGCCAAACCAUACCUGUCUCUGCUCUGACCGUUUCGCCCCCCCCCCCCCCCCCCUUGAAUUGUGUGCCCCACCCAGAAUGGCUGCAGUUGAGGAUUGUUGCCGCCAAAAUAUUUUAUUAUUUGUUUUCCGUCCGGCCGCCAGCAGCCAUAGCCAACUCUCCCCUGCGUGCAGUCUCGAGCACGAAGUUAAUUUUUGCAUUCGAAGCCACACGGCAAACCAACAUCACCGCCAACACCACCUCAGCGCAACAUGAA